UAUCGACGGCGACGGCUGGCUUGUUUACGGCACCGCGGACGCAUUUAGACUUUGUGACAUUACCCCUCUUUAGCGCAUAUAGCGCACUCGUUUUGUUACGUAAGCCCAUAUCCAGGCAAUUUUAACGUUGAGCUCGUCGGUUACCGAGUGACUAGUUGGACAGUUAACAAUAAUACACCCUGCCGAUAGGACGUACUCUUCCUGAAGUAUAAAUAAUCCAGAACACUAUGGGUGAUACACGCCGGAAACCCCCCGCGAAAAAACGGAAAGCAGGAGAUUUAGAUGAUCUCAAACAGGAGUUGGACAUCGAUUUUCACAAAGUAACACCCGAAGAGCUCUACCAAAGAUUUCAGACACAUCCAGAAAAUGGCCUUAGUCACGCAAAAGCGAAAGAGAACCUCGAACGGGACGGUCCAAACGCGCUCACGCCUCCUAAACAGACGCCCGAGUGGGUGAAGUUUUGUAAAAAUCUGUUCGGUGGCUUUGCGUUAUUACUGUGGAUUGGUGCUAUUCUUUGCUUUAUUGCCUACGGAAUUCAGGCGAGUACCGUUGAGGAACCUGCGGAUGACAACUUGUACCUCGGCAUCGUGUUGGCGGCUGUCGUGAUCGUUACGGGCAUCUUCUCAUACUACCAGGAAAGCAAGUCAUCGAAGAUUAUGGAAUCGUUCAAGAACAUGGUACCCCAGUUCGCUACCGUCAUUCGUGAGGGCGAAAAGUUGACGCUGCGCGCUGAGGACUUGGUACUCGGUGAUAUUGUUGAGGUAAAAUUCGGUGACCGGAUCCCGGCUGACAUCCGUAUCAUUGAGGCGCGAGGCUUUAAAGUCGACAACUCAAGUUUAACCGGUGAAUCUGAACCCCAAUCGCGUGGUGCUGAAUUUACUCAUGAAAACCCACUGGAAACCAAGAACUUGGCAUUCUUCUCUACUAACGCGGUUGAGGGUACGGCGAAAGGAGUUGUCAUCUGCUGUGGAGACAACACGGUGAUGGGUCGUAUCGCUGGAUUGGCGUCAGGCUUGGACACUGGAGAGACCCCCAUUGCUAAGGAAAUCCACCAUUUCAUCCACUUGAUUACUGGCGUGGCUGUGUUCCUCGGCGUUACCUUCUUCAUCAUUGCCUUCAUCCUCGGCUACCACUGGCUGGACGCUGUAAUCUUCCUCAUUGGUAUCAUCGUAGCCAACGUACCGGAAGGUCUACUGGCCACUGUAACCGUAUGUCUGACCCUGACUGCCAAGCGAAUGGCUUCCAAGAACUGCCUGGUCAAGAAUCUGGAGGCUGUCGAGACCCUCGGAUCCACCUCAACCAUCUGUUCGGAUAAGACCGGCACCCUGACACAGAACAGGAUGACUGUCGCUCACAUGUGGUUUGAUAACCAGAUUAUUGAAGCUGACACCACUGAAGAUCAAUCUGGAGUUCAGUAUGACCGCACCAGCCCUGGAUUCAAGGCGCUCGCUAAAAUCGCUACUCUAUGUAACCGAGCUGAAUUCAAGGGAGGCCAAGAUGGUGUUCCAAUUCUGAAGAAGGAAGUUGCCGGCGACGCUUCAGAGGCUGCUCUGCUCAAGUGCAUGGAACUGGCUCUCGGCGAUGUUUUGUCAAUCAGGAAGCGCAACAAGAAAGUCUGUGAGAUUCCCUUCAACUCCACCAACAAGUACCAGGUUUCUGUCCACGAGAGCGACGACCCUAGCGACCCUCGCCACCUGCUUGUGAUGAAGGGAGCGCCUGAGAGGAUCCUGGAACGAUGCAGCACUAUCUUCAUCGGCGGCAAGGAGAAGGUUCUGGACGAGGAAAUGAAGGAAGCUUUCAACAACGCUUAUUUGGAAUUGGGAGGUCUUGGUGAACGUGUGCUCGGAUUCUGCGAUCUCCAACUGCCAUCAGACAAGUACCCCAUCGGCUACAAGUUCAACACUGAUGACCCCAACUUCCCACUGGACAACCUUCGCUUCGUCGGACUGAUGAGUAUGAUUGAUCCUCCUCGCGCUGCUGUACCUGAUGCUGUCGCCAAGUGCCGGUCAGCUGGUAUCAAGGUUAUCAUGGUUACUGGUGAUCACCCCAUCACUGCCAAGGCCAUCGCCAAGUCAGUCGGAAUCAUCUCGGAAGGCAAUGAGACCGUUGAGGACAUCGCUGCUCGGCUGAACAUCCCCGUCUCUGAAGUGAACCCGCGUGAAGCUAAGGCUGCCGUCGUCCACGGAACCGAGCUCAGGGAACUCAACUCUGACCAACUUGAUGAGAUUCUCAAGUACCACACGGAAAUCGUAUUCGCCCGUACCUCGCCGCAACAGAAGCUGAUCAUCGUGGAAGGUUGCCAGCGACUGGGAGCCAUCGUGGCUGUGACUGGUGACGGUGUGAAUGACUCGCCCGCUCUGAAGAAGGCUGACAUCGGUGUCGCUAUGGGUAUCGCUGGCUCUGACGUGUCUAAACAAGCCGCUGACAUGAUCUUGCUGGAUGACAACUUCGCUUCAAUUGUAACUGGUGUUGAGGAAGGCCGUCUGAUCUUCGACAACUUGAAGAAAUCUAUUGCGUACACCCUCACCUCCAACAUCCCUGAAAUCUCACCCUUCCUCGCCUUCAUCCUGUGCGACAUCCCUCUGCCCCUCGGUACCGUUACCAUCCUUUGCAUCGAUCUUGGAACUGACAUGGUGCCCGCCAUUUCCCUGGCUUACGAGGAGGCCGAAUCUGACAUUAUGAAGCGACAGCCGCGUAACCCUUUCACUGAUAAACUCGUUAACGAGAGGCUUAUUUCGAUGGCGUACGGCCAGAUCGGCAUGAUCCAAGCCGCGGCCGGCUUCUUCGUAUACUUCGUGAUCAUGGCUGAGAACGGCUUCCUGCCGAUGCAUCUCUUCGGUAUCCGAAAGCAAUGGGACUCCAAGGCCAUCAACGAUUUGACUGACUCCUACGGACAGGAAUGGACCUACCGCGACCGCAAGGCUCUCGAGUUCACCUGCCACACCGCUUUCUUCGUCUCCAUCGUGGUGGUGCAGUGGGCUGAUCUGAUCAUUUGCAAGACGCGCCGUAACUCGAUCAUCCACCAGGGCAUGCGCAACUGGGCUCUCAACUUCGGUCUGAUCUUCGAAACCGCGCUGGCUGCAUUCCUUUCCUACACGCCUGGAAUGGACAAGGGAUUGAGGAUGUACCCUCUGAAGUUCGUAUGGUGGCUGCCUGCCAUUCCAUUCAUGCUGUCGAUCUUCAUCUACGACGAGAUCCGACGUUUCUACCUGCGCCGCAACCCCGGCGGCUGGCUCGAACAAGAGACUUACUACUAAACCGCACCGACCACUGUCCACACCGUCGUGCAUCAGUUAGUUACUGCGUACAUAAAGUUCAUUUGUGUUCUUAUAUCAGACUGACAGAGGUUUGCGGUGCCGUUCCGGUAUAUGUGUAAUCGCUGUCGUGUACGCUUCUCACCGCUUGUUACCGCAUCGCUCCGCACAGGGGCACCUGUGUCUGUACCUGUCGAGUGUUCUAUGUUAUUCUGAUGUUUCAUUGCGUAAUGUGACCGAGAGGACGCGGCUGCGCUGGCGCCGGUCGGGCCCGCGCCCGCCCCUCGCCACCGCACACUUACACUAUCGUUUCUAACGAACUAUGUAUGUAUAUAUGCACAGUGGAGAAUGAAGUUGGUAUUUGUGAUGAUAUAAAAAAUAUUAUACACAUAUUAUUUUAAAUCGUGAAUCAUGUUAUUUUUGUAUCGAGAUCGUUUAAAACGUUCGAGUAUCUCGACUGUCAUGCGACAAUUUGAUGAAUCUUUUCGAUAUUUGUUGAAUCUCUAUAUAUUUGAGUAGCGUCGCGGCGGCGGCGGGCGGGUAGCGCGGGCCCGGCGGGGCCCCGGCGGGCCGCCCUGCCCCUGCCGGGCCCCUGCCUGCCCCAGCCGGGCCCCCGCCGCCGGCCGCGGCCCGUCGUCGCACCACGCUCGACGUCACGCGCAAGCGGCCGCCGACUCGGAAUUCAUGUUACAGUAGUACGCCCUCAGUGACACUGAUGACAUUAUAAGAUAGAUUAAAACUAAUACUAAUAAAUUGUUUUUCACAUACUUAUGUAAUAAGUAAUAAAUUAUCGUUUAGCGGUAGUUCAUCGUUCGUGAAUCGAGUGGGCAGAAGUAUGACGCCCGCCGCGCUCCGUGCUCGGCGGCCAACGAAACGCAUUUGUUGUAAAAUUAACAGUUAAGAAGCCAUUAUUAUUAUUAUAAUUUAAGUGAAUUAGAUUUAAGUUGAAUUUUUCGAGUGGAAAAAAAGUUUAGUUGAAGAUUCGAUCGGGUGCAUGGUGUAUGAGAGGUCGAUGUGGAGUGCCUGAGUUUUAGUGUACUACUGCUUACUGUUAGGUAGGUAGUUGAAAUUUUGAUGCCGUAUUUUCAAUUGUAAAAGUAGAUAAAUAAAGCAUACACAGUCGCGAUCGCUUAGAGGCGCGGGGGGCGGUGCGCGCGCGUCGCACCGCUACACUACAUACAGCACUGCCGUCGACUAUUGUUGUUGUCUCGUCAGCCGGCCCGCCCGGCCCGGACCCGACGCUUUUCUUUUCUAAAAUAAUCAGAUUAUUAGCGAAUUUUGUCAAAUUUAUUAAAAUAGGCUGCUCAUGGUAAUUACGUAAGAUUUUAUUUCUUAAUUAAAAGAUAAUAAACAAAACGUAGGGAUGCGUAAUUAGAAAUUUUUAAAAUUAUACAGUUAUGAUAGAGUGAUCUUGUUUUAGUCGGCACUUGGCCCUUGCGCGGCCGCGGUAGGCAGGAUCGUACGCCGAGCGCGCGAGCGGCCGACUCACGAGUCACUCACGCACCCGCCAAGGACCAAGUGGAGCGAUUCAUUUCAAUUUUUCGUAACGAAUACAUAUAACAUUAUAAUAAUGGUUACAAAAGUAAAAUAUAACAUUAUAGCGACUAAUAAAAUCUAAAUUAUAUGAAAUGUUUAUAGAUUUAAAUGAAGUUCGUUUCUUUAGGGUGACCUUCUGUGCUUGUUUGAUGAGAACGAUGUACAUCUCACUGACAAUAGUCGUUGAUGAUAUUAUUGUAAUGAUCUGAUCUUUGUAAGCGGUUUGUUUAUCGUACACUGUAGAACUAACAUUGUUUUGCGUUCGACAGUUCUUUACACCGAUUCAUUUUAUAGUAUUACUCUGUUGGCUAGGAGCGCUGUAAAAAUGUAAGUGUUAAUAAAAAAAACAUUUUCAAAAUAUUAA